AUGCAUCGACGACAGCGUGUCGCGGGGUUGUUUGGGGCUGCGGCAGCAGUCAAGAGCGCUGAGCCGUCGGCGCUCCAUUCCGUUUUACGCCGUUCCGGUCCAAGUUCAUGUCCCUACACGCAUCUGAGAGCCGACUUCAAUUCUGAGCAAUACCGCCGACAUCCUCAAACCACUCCGGCUUCCGAUUCCUUCCGCGGUCUUCGAUCGGAUUUGCGAUGCAUCGACAACAGGACUCGUCGGAUCUGUGUCGUUAUUCUUCCAUCCGCCGAAUCCAUCAAGGUGAUUGGCCAGGAUCAGUCCGCGGCACGGGGCGUAGCGCGUCGCGAAGUCGUCUUCGAGGGUCAGUGUUUCGGCUAUAAAAGAGAGGGGCUUGUGCAAGGUUAA